UCAAUAUAUUUCAUAUAAUUUUUCAAUAUGCAGAAAUUUAUUAUUAUUAGAACUUAUAAAGAAGAAGAUAAAAUGUCUUGCAAAGAAUUACUUGAAGCUAGUGUGAUGAAUCAGCUAAAUCAUACAUUUAUUGGAUUUUUAUUAGGACUAAAUCUUAUGCGUAUAGUAAAUAUGGUAUCUAUAGUGUUCGUGUUAUUUCUCAUAUAUACAGGAGUACAUAUAGCUUAUUGUGGUAUACUUGCAUUUAUACCAGAAAUUAUAUUAUACAGUACAUUAUACGUGAAGUUUUUGUAUGAAUCUAGAAUUGUUGGAAAUGAAGUAUCUGAAAUUCCACGGAUUUACACGCUCGAUAAUUUUUCCCGUUUUUGGGUAGCGGAAGCAUAUGAAGAUUUUUCAUUACAUGAUCAGGAACAAGAUCAGCAAUAUGUAUUCAUGACAGAGGAAAACUUGGAUGAUAAUAACAUUGAUGUUUCUAAUUAUAAUAAAAAAAUUAUAGGUAUUAUGUCAUUCCGUAAAAGUAAUUGGCAACCAACACUUGGUUUUAUAAAAAGAUUUUAUGUCCAGAAAAAUUAUACAAGGAAAGGUAUAGGUAAUCGACUUAUGAAUCGAGCAGUAUUAUUUGCCGAUGAACACGGAAUUAUAUGUAUUAAAACGAUUAUUUCUGAAUUUGAUAAACAUCUUAUUAGUUUUUAUAAUACUAAAAAUUUCACUGUAAAUGUUAUACGUAAUAAAUCAUUUUUAAUAACAAUUACGCUGUAUGAAUAUAUAUUUCGAGCAAUGGAUUUUCAUUUAGAUGAGUAAAAAUUAGCGUAAUGUUCAAUCUAUUCCAAAAAAUUAAACUGGUUGUCUAAAUAUUCAAAUCAAAUUUAUGAAUAAUAUUUU